AUGGUUGACGACAGAGACUUUGUGUUCAGAUACUGGCCAGAGCAAGCCUCGACCGAGGACAUGUGCUCUUCAGAAGCCUUUCUCUCAACCGACAAUGACAAUCACCAGCAUCUAUUUGGCACAAGCCUCCACCAUGCGAACAUCCGCAAUCCGUACCACCAACAAGACCGACUGGUCGUCUCAAACCCCAGCUACUCCCCUGAAAGCCCCAACGCCGUCUUCUUCCAGAUGCCCACGCCGUCGCAACUGUCCACCGUGCCAGGGCUCGGCAUCCCGCCGUCAACACCAGCACCGCAUCACCACUACCGCCAGGACUCGCCCGCCAGCACACACAGCAGCCGCUCGCAUUCCAAACAGCGCAGCACUGCCCGGUCGACGGACGGCGGCGAUGAGUUUGAAGCCGUCGACGACGAGGCGCAGGCGGCCAUCAAGCGGCAGCGCAACACCCUGGCGGCGCGAAAAUACCGCCAGAAGCGCCUUGACCGGAUCGCUGAUCUGGAGCGUGCGUUGAGCGAUAUGGCUUGCGAGCGUGAUGAGUUGAGAUUGAGGCUUGCUAGGCGCGAAGCCGAGGUUGAAGCUCUGCGGGAGGUGCUGGGGAGGAGGUGA